AUGCAGGAACGCAUUGCAGCAACAAAGCUGAAAAAUGAUAACCAUAUACCUGGCCCCGCUCUAGCAAGUGAUAAUCCCAAGACUUUUCCUGGGCCAUUGGUGCUGCCAGGAGAUGAGAUUGCCGAGGAUCCUGAAUAUCCGCCUCAAUCAUUGCAGGAAUGGGUUGAUGAAGAAGAUCGCAACCCAGUCACCCCGAAGCGGAGGACCGUUUAUGUGGUUCCUCCACCACAAAUAAGCGACGAUGUAGAUUUUUUAAAAACAUGGAGCCAGCCAAAGGAUUAUCAGCAAAAGGACCGGGUGGAGCCUCCUCUAACUAAUGAGGUACAUGAAUAUCUGAGCGCGUUUUAUCACGGGCUACCUGUGAAGCUGAUGUCUCGAUCAACUCUACGCCUCGUCGGAUGGAGACCCGGAGGAACUUCCGCCAAAUCGACCUCCAAAGCCAGGUCUCGGCGGCCAAAGUAUGUUGGUCUAGAAGUAUCUCAGGAAUGUGUUCGAAUCCGUGUCCGCGCCUCGAAGGAUGGCGUCUUUGAUGGACAACUCAAUCUAAAUGACCUUCUCGAUGCUGCGAUUGGCAUGUUGCCCAAGGAUGCAUACGCACUUCUAUUUCUGGUGAAUCACGAUAUAUACGAAGACGAAAACGAUGACUUUGCUUGUGGUCGUGCUUAUGGAGGGAGUCGGGUGGCCGUCGUUUCAAGCGCGAGAUAUAAUCCAAACCUAGAUGCGCUCGAGUCGGUCGAACGUCUUCACGCUUGGCCAGCAUCACAUUGCGAAACUUACAUAUCUGCCUUCUGCGUUGCGGCUGAUGAAGAUUCCAAUGCGAAAAAACCUUCCAAGUCACACACGAAAGCAAAACAAAACAAAGGGGACGUCGGCACCUCUACGUCCAAGACAGGUCCCGUGGAAACCGCAAUAUCCGUCCACCGCAAUCUUCCCAUGGAAAAUUUGACGUCGAGUUCGCGCUCUGCUCUUUGGCUUGGACGUAUUUGCCGGACAGCUAGCCAUGAACUAGGUCACUGUUUCGGUAUUGACCAUUGCAUGUACUAUGCUUGUUCUAUGCAAGGCACAGCAUCCGUGGGUGAAGAUGCCUCACAACCACCUUAUCUUUGUCCAGUCGAUCUGGCUAAAAUUCUCCAUGCCACUUCCACUACUGCUAUUGAACGAUACCAUGCCCUGCUCGCUUUUUGUGAGAAACCUCAUUACAAGAACGAACACAUUUUUGCGCCUUUGGCGGCUUGGAUUCGUGGAAGAUUAAUUGAGCUUGAAGAACAGGUCCGAUAA